UUAUAUUUUCUUCUCGCGAUUUCCUUGGGAAAACACGUCUAAAAUAAGGAAGAGUGAUUCGAUUCCGGCCCAGGGUUCCAUAUCAAAGUUCCAUUCUUCUCCGGGGUGUAGAGUUUUGCCGCGCCUUCAGGUUAACUGGAGAAGCUGAAUCGCGUGACUUUAAGGGUAGUUUGUUUUUGUGCUAAAAAAGUGAAAAAUUCGUUCCUUGCCGAAGGAAGAGACUCUGGGUUGACGAAAAGAGAGGCUAACUUUGGGGUGAGACACUUCGACCUAGGGAGAGACACCGUCACCCGAGAAAGAGAAAAGCGGUGCUCCUGGGUAGAUUUUAUGGAUUUUGUGAAUUUGUGUGAAAGUGAUAAGAGUGUGCGACCUUGGGUCUGGGUGAUGAGAUAAUUAAUGGUCAAGUACCUGUACCUGCUUUAGCGUUCCAAGCGGCACUAAUAUCAAACAUCGACAGAUCACCGCGCAGGACCUCGCAACGAUACACUAUUUUUUUUCUAGCCAAGAAAUCGGCGCGAGGUGCUUUUGCAUGCGCCGUAAAUUCACCCUUCAACGAGGUGAUAAAACGUUUCAAUAUAUAAUAUAUAUCAGAGCCAGACCCUGAGAUAUGCCGGGUUGCUGUGAAUUUUUCCCGGUGAUAUAAAUCUCGGAGGCUGACUCUGAUUUCGAGAUGGCAAUCACGUAAUCUGUCUGAAAAGUAUUCUAGAACUUGCAAUUCAGAUUGAUAAUUACAAUAGGAAAAUAAUUAUUUACAAACAAUAUAUACGUUUUUAGGCGAAAUAAAUAAUUUUGUAAGGGAGUGUGGUGAUAUCGAUGAGAGCGAGAUAACGCGCUGAGAUUGAUGCAACCGAAAGACGUUAAAGAGGGGGUGGCGGAAGUUUCUGAUAAGCUCGAGUGGUGAAAAUUCGCCGGUGAAACAAGAUGGGAAGAGCAGUGAGGAAAGGAUUGUGUUUUUGCUUUUUGCUGUUGAUUGGUGUGGAAGUGAGCAGACAGCAGGAGGAGGAUAUCCCUCAUAAUGAAGUAAAAAAUUGGGCCAUGAGGUUCGGAGUAGACCUUUGGGAGUUUGGAAAACAAGUCACCAAGAUCACCGAAAUAAAACGGACGUAUGCAAGUCACGGCCCAGACAAAGCAAGUGUGAGCAAAAAGGAUGGCCUCAUGAUGGUGCGCGAAAUGGCUACAGAGGUUAAAAAUCUAAUGGACUUCAAAAUGAAUGCAGUCAUGAGGUUAAUGGAGAGUGCCGAACAGGCCGCAGUCUCAGCGCCAAGGGAAGGAAACGCCUCUCCCAAGUAUUAUGCAUCUCAUCGACUAAAUCUAUUCACCGAAGAUGGGAAGGUGGCGUCCGGUGCUCGAGAAAUGUCUCUCACGCCUAAUCGUCACUUUGAUCAUUUGGAAGUCAAUGUUAGUCUGUCGGCCGUCCUUUUACCCCCAGCUAUCAAGGACACAGAUGCUGAUGUAGCAGCAGCUAUUCAAUGGAGCGAGCAUUUGGAUCCUCUUUUCGUCAACAACUAUGAAAGUGAUCCAACCCUAUCUUGGCAAUAUUUUGGUGCUACUGUCGGAAUUUUAAGACGAUUCCCUGCAAUAUCCUGGCCACCAAUAGAUACGGUAUCAAAGCCAAGGAAAUCCAGCACAGUUCGAGAUGUCUACGAUUUUCGAAUUUCGGAUUGGUUUAUUGGUGGAGCAACGAGCCCCAAAGAUCUUGUGAUUCUGGUAGAUGGAUCUAGUUUAUCAUCAAAUAAAAUUCGAGAUUUAACGAUCGCCACGACAAAAACGAUUCUAGAUUCUCUUGGCCCUGCCGACUAUGUCAACAUCUACAAAUAUGGUGAAAGUGCAGAGGAAAUUAUUCGCUGUUUUAAAGACAGUCUUUUGCCAGCAAAUACGGAAAAUAUAAAAGAGCUGAAAGUAGCUCUUAAUUCGUUAAAACCAGAUUCGCCAACUAACAUAACUGCUGCUUUUAAUUCGGCUUUUGAAUUACUUAACAGAUACAAUAAAACUGGCCAAGGAUCUCAAUGUAAUCAGGCAAUAAUGUUAGUAACUUCGAAUUCUGAAGCACCUUCAAUUGAAUUGAUAAAAAAGUAUAAUGAACCCCAUAAGCCUGUGAGACUUUUUAACUAUUUAAUCGGUGGGGAGAAGAGUCCUGAUCUUUAUAAUUUGGCCUGCACUAACAAAGGAUUCUACGCAAGGAUAACCAACAGAGAUGAAAUUAAUUCAAAAGUUUUUGAAUAUGUAAAAGUCCUCUCUCGUCCCAUGGUGUUAUAUCAGCAUGAUCAUCCCAUCCACUGGACACCAGUUUACGUUGGAGGAAAAAGCAGCAGAUAUGGUGCUGAAUAUCAGGGUCAACUAAUGGUAUCAGUCACGGCUCCCAUUCUGGAUCGUCGAAAUUAUUCUGAGAAGAAUGCGAAUUUGUUGGGAAUUGUCGGGACUGAUGUGCCCGUAGAGGAAAUUCAAAAACUAAUCCCACCUUAUAAGUUGGGGGUGAAUGGUUAUUCCUUCAUAGUCGAUAACAAUGGACGAGUCCUCUAUCAUCCAGAUUUGCGACCGAUGCCAGGAAAUGUCGACUAUGAGGAAACCCUAAAACCUAAAUACAUAGGUGUGGAUUUGUCAGAAGUUGAACUGACUGAAUAUGACGGACCCUCUCAUCAUCUGAAUGAUUCUCUCCUUUUGGACCUCAGACAUGAAAUGGUGGACCAGAAAGAAGGAGAGACUGCUUUUGCUGUGAAAGCUCAUUAUGAUGAUAUGCGGAGGGUCACUAUUAAACACAAUAAAUAUUUUUACAAGCAAAUUGAAGGCACGCCAUUCUCUCUGGGGUUGGCAUUACCGGAAGGCUAUGGCAUGUAUAGUUUACAUGCUGAGCAUGAAAUAAGACAUGCACUUCUCAAUGUAACGGACUCAUUCAAAGGACAUUGGAAAGUACAUCCAGAUUGGAUUUAUUGUGAAUAUAAUUCAGCCUCCGAGAAAAAAUUUGCCACCCCAGAAGAUGUUGUGUAUCAUUUCCUGGGUCGGACUCAACAACCCGGUUGGAAAUGGAUGUCCAUGAGACCAAAGAGUCCAAGCUCGCACCAAAAACAAGCGAGCAAGCCGGACAAAGAUGCGUAUUAUUGUGAUAAAACGCUCGUACAGUCUUUAGUACUGGAUGCUAAAGUAACUCAGGAUUUUGAAAAGAAAAGUGAAAAAUCUUUACACAAAGAGGAUAAUUUAAGCCCAAUUGCCAUACUGAUGGCUGUUCUGCAAAGCCAAGGAAAGGGAAGAUUCGGUAUCGCCAGAAGCUUUAUUGCAACUAGAAGUGGACUUUUCCGAUGGCAUGAACAUCAAACAAAUGGGGAACCUGUCGAAGAACCGAAUUUUGCUGAGACAAACAGACGAGCGAUGGACAUGACUUGGUAUAAAAGAGCUGUGGAUCAACAUGCAGUUGAAGAUGAGAGUUUCGUUUUUAGUGUACCAUUCAAUGCUGCUGAAAAUCCUAAACCUCUCGUCACUGCGACGCAUGCUAUAUUUGUUGAAAAUAAAGGACGACAAAAUAAAGCGCCGGCAGCGGUAGUGGGAUUGCAGUUUCAUCAUUCCUCUUUGGCGUCACAUUUUGUUAAUAUCACGUCAACGUGUGCUGGAACAACCAGUUGCAAAAAGACUUGUGCAUCUGAAGAGUUAGAUUGUUACAUUUUGGACAAUAAUGGUUUUAUCAUAAUCAGUGAAAAACACGAACAUACCGGAAAAUUCUUUGGUGAAAUAGAUGGAACCAUUAUGGAUUCUCUCGUACAGGACAAAAUAUUCAGGAAAGUAACUAUAGUAGAUUACCAAGGGGCAUGUUCGCCACAGACAUCACAAGUAUCCGCAGCACAUCGAGGAGUUUCUCAAUCAAUUUUGAAAACGAUAGCCACAUUGGGAGGCAUGCUUUGGUCGUUAACUUUGAACCUACAUUUACAAGAACUUUGGAAACCGGUUUUGGCAUUCGCAGAUUUUGAAGAAUCUUUUGCAGAUAACGGUGUCAAUCCAUCAGAUAUGAAAGAAGAAACAAUUCCACACGGCGAACGAUUCCCUGCAUAUCCCGCAGUUACACCACUUCCAGCAUCAUCUCCAGCAACGCAUAGUACUUCCACACAAUAUCAUAAAUUACGUGCGUGUGAAAAAAGAACGGAUCUCUACAUUUUGCAACCCGAAAGACUCAAUACGAGUGGACAAAGUAAUCCAUUAAAAGGAAAACUAACGAAUUGUCACCAGUCAGGAUGCGAAAGGCCUUUCAGCGUCCAGAAAAUUCGACACACGAAUCUAAUACUUUUGGUGGUGGACACACUCUGUCCUUGCCUAAGUAAAAAGCUCAGUAUUAGACCUAUCGAAGUCUUAAUAGAACCCGGAGCAUGCAGUGCCCGCAGAGAACGCUUAUAUCGUCGCAGACCAGCGAAAUGCAUCAACUACCAUCCCGAAGAAAUGGAAAUCAAAUUCUGCGGAGGAACGAAUCAUUUAAACAUCUCAUUCAGCUUAAUCGUCGCUACGAUAAUAAUCCACUUCACGUGACUCCAUCGAAAUAAUCAAUUCUGAAUGUUUCUUUGCGAUGCGAGCUCCAGAAAGCUCGCCUAUAUUUUAAUACCAGUAAGACCCAAUUUUUGCAAAUACUCAGUGUUUUGCCAAAAUCCAUGUUACAGGAUUCCGUUCACUCUAAUGUAACUAAUUACAAAACGGAGUUCGUAUAAUAGGCAGGCGAGAACCGCCUACUCCUCCAAUGAACGCACAGAACCCAAAAUAAUCGAGAAUAAUUAGGCCUUGCUGUGACUGGAUGCGUAGUUCCUUUGAGCAAUGAGGACGCGAUUAAAUUCUUUAAUUCGUCCGAAAAAUAAGAUAAAAUCCGGGCAAAUUUUCUCAUUUUCUAACAUUUCAAAGGUUGUCAAAAAUUAGAUGCUGAAACGCAAAUUAAGUUCUAAAAAAAA